CCUUCUUAUAUAAUUCCCCAAAUAAAUGUAGCAUCGUGUUUACCAAAGAAAUUGUGCUACUUUUGGCGCCAAUUUCACUCCUGAUCUUGGACGAGACCUCUCUUCGUCACAUCAUCUUCAUGAUACAACAUACCUGCAAACCCUAGUUUGCUCCCAAAUACUCUCAAUUCGACUGGAUACCAAGUAGUUCGAAGAUUGUUCAAAAAAUGGGCGAACCCCGCGCUAAGCGUCCGAAAAUCAGCAGGGGCGCAGAUGAUUAUCUACCAGGGAACAUAGUGGAAAUUGAGAUUCGCAACUUCAUGACAUUCAAUCAUCUUGUAUGCAAACCUGGUUCUCGUUUAAACCUUGUUAUUGGGCCAAAUGGAUCUGGUAAAAGCUCUUUGGUGUGUGCAAUUGCUCUUGGUCUUGGAGGCGAACCCCAGCUUUUGGGGAGGGCAGGAACUAUUGGUGCAUUUGUGAAACGUGGAGAAGAAUCUGGUUAUACCAAAAUUACCUUGAGAGGUGACACCCCAAAUGAAAAGAUUAUUAUAACGCGUAAGAUAGAUUCGCGUAAUAAAUCCGAAUGGCUAUUUAAUGGCAAAACAGUUUCCAAAAAGGAAGUUCUUGAAGUAAUCCAAAAGUUUAAUAUUCAAGUCAACAAUCUUACUCAAUUUUUACCACAAGAUAGGGUUUGUGAAUUUGCUAAGCUAUCUCCAGUGAGGCUUCUAGAAGAAACAGAGAAGGCUGUAGGUGAUCCUCAACUUCCUGUUUUACAUCGUGCUCUUGUUGCAACAAGUGCAGAAGUACAAAGAUCUGAACAAGUUGUUGAGAAGAAUAAAGAAACCCUAAAUCAGCUAAAAGCACUUAAUGCUGAACAAGAAAGAGAUGUGGAGCGUGUUCGCCAAAGAGAUGAACUUUUAGCCAAGGCUGAGUCAAUGAAGAAGAAAUUACCAUGGUUGAAAUAUGACAUGAAGAAGGCUGAGUAUCUUGAAGCUAAAGAACUAGAGAAAGAUGCAAAGAAGAAGCUUGACACAGCUGCCAAAAUGUUAAAUGAGUUUAAAGAACCUAUUGAGAAACAAAAGCAAGAAAAGAAGGGAUAUGAUCUUAAAUGUAAAAAAGACAGAGACCUUUUAGAUAAAAUUGAAACUUCACGAAAGCAAAUGAUGGAGAAAGAAAACCAGUUGGGUGCUAAAGUGAGUGGAAAGUAUAAUGACAUGGAGGAAUUAGAGAAACAAGAACAAUCAAGACAAGAGAGAAUUGCAAAAGCUGAAAAAGAACUUGCUGAUGCUGAAUUGCAACUGCAAAACCUUCCACCCUUUGAACCCCCCAAGGAUAAAAUUGAAAAACUAGGUGCUGAAAUAUUGGAGCUGGAAGCAUCUGCAAGAGAGAAAAGGAAUCAAAAGAGAGAGAAAGAGAAGCUUCUAGAUCGAAACAAAGCAUUACAAAGACAAUCUGCAGAAAGAUUAAAAGAAAUGGAAAAUAUUAAAAACAAACGUUUACAAGCAUUAAAAAGUUCUGGACAUGAAAAAAUAUUUGAUGCUUAUGCUUGGGUUCAAGAACACAGACAUGAAUUUAGGAAAGAGGUCUAUGGCCCUGUCUUAAUUGAGGUCAACAUCUCAAAUCCACUUCAUGCUGCCUUCUUAGAAAAUCAUGUUCCAUAUUACAUUUGGAAGGCUUUUAUAACUCAAGAUUCUGCUGAUCGUGACUACUUGUUCAAGAAUCUUAGAUCAUUUGAUGUUGCAGUUAUAAAUCAUGUGGCUGAUGAAAGGCGCAACCCUGAAGAGCUGCAUAUAUCUCAACAGAUGUCAUCUAUGGGAGUAUAUUCAAGACUUGACCAAGUUUUUGAUGCUCCAUAUGCAGUCAAAGAGGUUCUGAUUGGACAAGCUAAUCUAGAGAAUUCGUACAUAGGGUCUAAAAAGAGCGAUGAAAAUGCUGACAUGGCACAUGGUUUUGGAAUAACGGAUCUAUGGACUCCUGAAAAUCACUAUCGUUGGUCUAAAUCCAGAUAUGGUGGUCAUGUUUCAGCAUCUGUUGAAUCAGUUCGUGACUCUCGUCUUCUUCUAUCCAAUACAGAUGGGGAUGAAUUAAACAUACUGAGGGCAAAGAAAAAUGAAUUGGAUGAAACCAUUUCUUCUCUAGAAGCAAGUUGCAGAUCAUUUCAAAGUGAGAUAAAGGAGUUAGAAGAUUCAGCAGCUCAACUUCAAAAACAACGUGAGAAUCUUGUUAAUGAAGCACAACUUGAGAAAAGGAAACACCGUGAUCUAGAAAACAGAGUUAAUCAAAAGAGGCUAAAAUUACAAUCCAUGGGAAAGGAGGAAGACAUGGCUGUUGCAUUGGCAAAGCUUGUUGAAGAUGCUGAGAACUUGAAUUUCCAAAGAUUUAAGUGUGCAUUGGAGAUGAAGAAUCUACUUAUUCAAGCAACUGGAAUCAGAAAAAGUUAUGCUGAAAAGUUCAUGGCCUCCAUUGAAAUUGAAAUGAAGAUUAAAGAAAUGGAAGCGAGUAUUAAGCAACAAGAAAAGCUUGCAUUGCAAGCUUCUUUACACUUUGAACAAUGUAAAGAAGCGGUGGAGGUCCAUCGGCAACUACUGGCAACUGCCAAGAAAGAAGCAGAAAAAGUUGCAGUUAUUACUCGGGCUCUUGAACAGGAAUUUCUUCAGAUGCCUUCAACUAUUGAGGAAUUGAAUGCUGCAAUUCAAGAUAUUACCUCUCAAGCAAAUUCUAUUCUCUUUCUGAAUCAUAACAUUUUGGAGGAAUAUGAACGUCGUCAGAAAAAAAUAGAGGAGCUCUCAACAAAAUUGGAAUCAGAUGAGAAAGAAAUGACUACCCGUUUAAAUGAAUUGGAUUCUUUAAAGGGAAGAUGGCUUCCAACACUUAGAAACUUAGUUGCUCAAAUAAACGAGACAUUCAGCAAGAAUUUUCAAGAAAUGGCUGUUGCUGGAGAAGUUUUAUUGGAUGAACAUGGAAACGAUUUUGAUAACUAUGGAGUUCUUAUUAAAGUCAAGUUCAGGCAAACAGGACAACUUCAAGUGCUAAGUGCUCAUCAUCAAUCUGGAGGGGAACGUUCGGUGUCAACAAUUCUUUACCUUGUUUCACUACAAGAUCUCACACACUGCCCAUUUAGGGUUGUUGAUGAGAUAAAUCAAGGAAUGGACCCCAUUAACGAAAGAAAGAUGUUUCAACAAUUAGUCAGAGCUGCAAGCCAGCCUAAUACUCCACAGUGUUUCUUGCUUACUCCAAAAUUGCUAUCUGAUUUGGAAUAUGGUGAGGCGUGUACGAUUCUAAAUGUGAUGAAUGGGCCUUGGAUUGAACAACCUUCAGAAGUGUGGAAAUUUGGAGGAAGUUGGGGGACUAUUAUGGGAUUAUUGGGAGAAAGUCGUUCUUAAUUUCAGUUGAAUAGAUAGGGUAGAGGAAUUAUAAGUCUUGUACCAAGUGAAUUCUGAUUGUUGUUGAAUUCUUUUUUUCUCCUUGAUUUUGAUGCCAAUGAGAUCAAUAUUAGCAUGGGGUGUAAUAAGAUGGUGGAUGUAUUGUGUUACUCUUAAGACCCAACUUACAUAACAUUGUACAAAAUGUCAUAAAUGUAGUAUUACAUGACAAUUUAGAAAAAUAGAGUUUAGACAUUUUUGUUUUAGAGAGCUACCAAAAGGAUG